AUAUUUCGGUGCAGGGGGAAAAAAUGCUGUCGAAAAACGUCCGUUUGUAGACAGACAUUCAAUAAGUCGCUAGACUGUUCAUUCGUCUCUCAAUAAGAAACUCACUUUGCCUGACUAUUGUAGACUUACUCAAAUUGUUUUUUAUAAACUCUCUUGAGUUGGUGUUUGUUGUUCAGGCUAAUGGCGGUCCGAUAUAAAGGUUUGAUAAUGUGGCCGGAUGUGAAAUCAUUUUGGGGCAGAAUCGGAAGAUGAAUGUGUGCUUUUCGAACAUCCGCUGUGUAGGCUACAGUUUGCAUCAGAAUUAGGCUACAACUGCUGCAUGUCAUUAGCCAGUCAACGAGUAUUUAUAUAUGGAGUACUGUUUGUUGCUCGUCUGUCUUCAGACACACAGACUAGGGUUUUGUUUAAUUCACAAGCGCUGCCCGGAACAUCUGGAUAGUCUGCCCCAAAUUUGAAUACAAUUUUGUCACGCAGGCUAUUGUCUAAGUAGGCAAAAUAAAUGUAUCGUGCGCUGUGCAGGUGGCCUAGCCUACUGAAAGCGUAUCAGUCAUAUUUUGAAGUAGCCAAUGUAACUUUAAGAUUAUUUUGGACUAUAAUUCUAUAAACCUAAAUAGGCUAUAAAGUGCUGUAAUGAGUUUUUAUUUCAUUGAGGAAAGCGAAUUAUGAAUACACCUCUAUAACACUGUGGGUAGUUACAAUGUAACAACAUUUCGAUCGAAUGGUUACAGUGUAACGACACGUCGAUCUGAUAAACAUGUACCGCAACCACUUAUCAUAGUGCCUUUGAAUUAAAUUGUCCGUCCAGCGUUGCCGUAGAUAUAAUUUCAGGACAUGCAAUGUAUCUGAAUUAUCCGCUAUCAUGUAUUCUCCCGUUCUAACUGGGGGUAUUUCAGGUCAAACGACAGCUUUUGAAACGUUGCGGUGUGAAAAUUGAAGUCAAUUUGCGAACUGGUGAAGAAAUCAGCAGCUGACCUGACGGGCUCUGUCUGGCGGGGCUCGGCAGCUCCUCAACCCGGCCUGGAGACUCCUCGGCUCCCUCCCUCCCUCUCUCUAUCCCUCUCUCCCUACCUCCCUCUGGCUCCAAUGGUGUAAGCCGACGCAUCACCGUGGGGGAUUCUGACACGCUGCACACAGCCCAGUAUCAGAAGGCAGGGGAGGGUAUGAGAAUGGUGUCUAGGCCCUGAAGCCCAGCAGCAUGUCAGAGCAAGGAGACAAAUGCACCACCCCCCGCUGGAAACAUGAGGCCAUGCAAAAUGGGUACAUCCCCAGUUACCUGGACAAGGAUGAGUUAUGUGUAGUAUGUGGGGAUAAAGCUACAGGAUAUCACUAUCGCUGUAUCACCUGUGAAGGAUGCAAGGGUUUCUUCCGGCGGACGAUCCAGAAGAACCUGAACCCGACGUACGCUUGUAAGUACGAGGCAAAGUGCGUCAUCGAUAAGGUGACCAGGAACCAGUGCCAGGAAUGUCGCUUCAAGAAGUGCAUCGCUGUCGGCAUGGCAACAGACUUGGUGCUGGACGACAGCAAGCGGCUCGCCAAGCGGAAGUUGAUCGAGGAGAACCGUGAGCGGCGGCGGAAGGAUGAGCUCCAGAAGACGGUGUGGGACCGGCCUGAGCCGUCCCAGGAGGAGUGGGACCUGAUCCGCAUGGUCACCGAGGCCCACAUGUCAACUAACGCCCAGGGCAACCACUGGAAACAGAAACGCAAGUUCUUGGUCGAGGAAGCAAUGCUACUUAAUGAAAUAACAUGUAAUUUAUUCUAUACUUCUGACCAGAGUGCAGUGGGGGUGAAGGAAACCAAGCCUGAGGACAUUGGUCAAGCACCGGUCAUAAAUGCACCUGAAGGGAGCAAAGUGGACAUUGAAGCCUUCAGUCAGUUUACAAAAAUUAUCACCCCCGCCAUUACCCGAGUGGUGGACUUUGCCAAAAAGCUGCCUAUGUUCUGUGAGCUGCCUUGUGAAGACCAGAUUAUCCUAUUGAAAGGCUGCUGCAUGGAGAUCAUGUCUUUACGGGCAGCCGUUCGCUACGACCCCGAGAGCGAGACGCUGACACUUAACGGGGAGAUGGCCGUGACCCGCGGCCAGCUGAAGAACGGAGGCCUGGGUGUGGUGUCGGACGCCAUCUUUGAUUUGGGCGUGUCGCUGUCGUCGUUCCACCUGGACGACUCUGAGGUCGCUCUGCUACAGGCCGUCAUCCUCCUGUCCUCCGACCGUCCAGGGCUGACCAGCGUGGAGCGUAUUGAGCGCUGUCAGGAGGAGUUCCUUCUGGCCUUUGAACAUUACAUCAACUACCGCAAACACAAGGUGGCGCAAUUCUGGCCCAAGCUGCUGAUGAAGGUGACGGACCUGCGGAUGAUCGGGGCGUGCCACGCCUCCCGCUUCCUGCAUAUGAAGGUGGAGUGCCCCAACGAACUCUUCCCCCCACUCUUCCUGGAGGUCUUUGAGGAUUGACGGACAGACGGGCCCACACACCCUGCUGAGGUGUGUGUCGGAGUGUGUGUGUGCGUGGGCGCCUGGCGGGGGCUACGACAGUGGGCCUCAGAGUGGCUCUAGGCGUCUUGCGACACGUUGUUGGAACUCUCAUUAGCACUACUGAGUCACUUCAUUCCAUACCUUAGGUGUAGCCUAGCUUCUCAGCCUAGUUCUUAUGGAUGGAACCAUCCCUUAUGAUGCGGGUACAUGUGAAUAGCAUUUUCUUUUGGUUUUUAUUUUGUAAAUGUUUCACUUCUCAGUUACUUCUCUAUAAGUUUUUUGUGCUAAUUGUACAGUCUAAUUGCUGUCGUCGACAGUGCUCGUUCAGUCAGUCAUACGAGCACUGUCGACGACAGCAAUUAGACUGUACAUGCAACGUGUAGUGUUUAAUUUUAGUCCAUUUUAAUACCGAAUGCUGACUCCACCAACACUGAGAAGGUCAGUGACAGACAGCAGAAGCCAGCUAACCAGCAUUAUUCCCUUUCUUUUCGCAUUCUCUUCCUACGAUACUUCCCCAGUCAAGGGAUGUGGAGUAGCUUUCAUACAGGUGUCCUUCUGGUGCUGGUGUUCUGUGAGAGCUACAGUUGAAGUCGGAAGUUUACAUACACUUAGGUUGGAGUCAUUAAAACUUGUUUUUCAACCACUCCACACAUUUCUUGUUAACAAACUAUAGUU